AUGUCGCUCGGUCCUAGAAGCAUGCAUACUAUAUACAUGGUGCUUGACGACUUCUUCCGCGUCGUUGACCUGCAGGUGAACCACGGCUGGCUGCGGCGGGACCCGAGCAAGCAUCCCUACCUGCCCCGACUGUGCGAGAGGAUCAUACUGCCCGGGCCGGGGGGGGAGUACCUAGACGACUGCACGAGGGGGAGGUCUUGCCCGAACGCGCACAGCCUGGAGGAAAUCCAGUACCACCAUCAGGUGUGCCCGCACGGCAGUAAGUGUCGCUCCAGGGCUUUCUGCCCACACGCCCACAUCCUGGGAAGCGACAACGACAUCGCCAGCGCGGCGGCCGCGGCCGCGGCUGCGGCGGGGGCGGCGGCAGGAGGGGGGAGCGCUUCGAAAAGGCCGUCUUCCGUCAUUCGGCGAUCCUCGUCUUCGUCUUGCUCCGCUUCUCCCCGACCUUGCUCUGUUGAUGCCGCCGCCGCCGGAGACGGUUACGGGCGUGGCGGAAGCGGCGGCGUCGGGGGUGGCAGGGUGGCGGAGGAAGGGUGGCAGACGGUGGCGAGGAGGGGGAGGAGGGCGCCGAGUCCAGCGGAGAGCGAGAUUCGGGCCUGGGCCCCACCCGCCCGCAUUCGCUCCCGCUCCUGGUCUGCCUCCGACCUCUUGAGCCCCAGCGCUGAAGGUGGCGGGGGCGGCCACAACCAUCAUCGAGGCUCGUCCAGGGAGUUCCGGAGGAGAGCCACGGGAGUCACUGGCCUCCUGGCGGCCCUACGGAAGCGAAGCGCGGACGUGAUGCAGCCCCCUGCCAAGCACAACGAGCUCUUGCGCACCAUCUACAGCACUCUGCGCCGGCGCGAGCCCAACGGCUGCGACGAGAAGGAGCUGGUGAGCAGGGUCUUCCACGCCUCCAUGUCAGCCUCGGCGGAACGAAGGGGGCGAGGGGGAGACGUGAACGCUGGCACCCCGGCCGGCGUUUCGGUAGCAGGAGGAGGGGGUGAAGGCACCACGGGCGACGCUCCCGAGAGUCACCGUUUUUCGAAGACCAAGGUUCGGGGUGCGGUGACGCUCCUCAAGUUCGCACAGGCGGUGCGGGUCGGGCGGGGCGAUACCGCGGGACAGCACGUUCUCUACGUGGCCUACGAGCUCCCGACUUUCAGCGAUUUCAUGGCGAGGCACAACAGCCACCUCGUCGACAUGGCGCAAGGCCUAGCCUUCACUCUUAGCACCCGUGCACAUGCCCUUGGGCGUGAUGUUUCAGCACGAGAGCUUGGGGUGGACAUGACGGCGAUGGACUGGAAGAGUCUCCUGGAGACGGAGCAGAGCUCGGGCGGGGGAGGGGGGCGCCCGAUUCCGUCAACAAGCCCCACGGACCAAUCAGAGGGAACACCACAGUCUCCCGCUGGGCAGAACGGGCACGGCUGCCGCAGCCUAUCUUCGAGCCCCACCGUGCAGUCUUCGCCCCGGGACAACGAGCUGCAGUUCGCCCCCCGAGCUUCGUCGGAGCACGCCCUUUGGCACGGUGGUCAGCUCCUGCAGCUUCAGCCCACUCACCCGCGGCCAACCCAGCAGCACCAGCAAUACCACCACCACCAACAGGUGGGGAUUCAGCAGUACAUCCAGCAGCUCCCCUCACCGCAGCAGCAGCUGUCCCAGCCGCCGCCGCCGCCGCCGCCGCCGCCGUCCUCUGCCGCCGUUGGCGGUGUCUGGGGGCAGCAGGCCGCUGGCCCACAAGGGCUCCCCCUAAGGGGGCUCCAAGGUGUCGGCCCCCCUCAGGCCGGCCUCGUCUCGCCGGCAGCGCCGUCCCCGACGGCGAUGAAGCAAGGGCAGGAGCAGACGCUACUGAGCAUGCCGCUGUCCCCGCCGCCGCCGCCCGCGAUGGUUUCCGCCCAAGUUGGGGGGGUGGGGGGAUACGGGAUGGUCCUUCCACUCCACGGAUCCCCGCUCAACCGGUUUCUGGGCGGCGGCAGUCAAGGGCCUUGCAGCCCUCUCGGGUACGGCCUCGGCGGAAAUGGGGGGAACUUGACACCGUCACCCCAGCGGCAGCAGCAGCAGCAGCAACAGCAGCAGCAGCAGCUUCAUCUGCCUGUGCUCGCGCCGCAUGCCGCUGUCGCUGCUGUGCAGCCUCAUCAAGUCUACGGCUUUGGCCACGUCCAGCAGGGGACUGCUGUUGUCUGCGGCGGCCAGGUUCACCACCCAAGCAGCCACGCGGGACUGAGCUGGGCGCCGGGGCUAGUCGGGCAAGGGCCACACGGCGGCGGUGGAAGCGGCGGGGCUUCGCGACAGAUGACCAUGGAAGAAGCGGCGGCGGCGGCGAGGGCGGGGGCGGAGGGUGUGACGGAACCGCCACCUCCGCUUCCUUCUGCUCUCGGUCAACGCGAGAGCGGGGAGCAGUUUCCGGUGGGAACAUCGUCGUCGGCACAGAGCCUUCCCGGCGAUGUCAAUGGACCGACCGGCGGUGUCGGCGGCGGUCGUGCUUCUUUCUCCGGCGCCCCUUCGGCGGGGGGUAUGAUGCAGGCCCCGGUCCCGGUCGCGCUUGAGGCCAGGAGGCAGUCCUCGCUGCCCCCGCUUUCAGGAUCGUCGCUCCAGCCAGCGUUCACCAUCUCAGGGGCUAGGAUGGCGCACACGCCGUCCGCAAUCGCUUCCCGUAGGCUUGGCUUUCCUCCAAGCGGCGGAGGAGAGAAGGGAAGUGACCCGCGGGCCGCCUCGGGUGCCACCGGGUCUGACGCAGCGGCGGCGGCGACGGCGGUGGCCGCUGGCGGGGGUGCUGCAGAGGCCUGGGAGCGGGAGAGGUCGCGGUUUGGCGUGAGAGGGAACAGGCCUUCCCCGGUGGAGUCGAGGAUCGCCGCUGUGGCUAUCGCCGCUCAAAACGCGGCAGCGGCAGCAUCGGUGGCGGCGGCAGCAGCGGCAGCGACGGAGGAGAACAACAACCGCGCUUCGGCGGCGGCUGUUGGCCCUGGCGCCGUCCCCCGUGACAAUUUCUCUCCUCCUGAGCCGGCGGUGGCGACGACAGACUCGACCGCACCCGCUGCAGCGGUGGCGGCGGCGGCCGCGGCGGCGCCCAGUUUCGCGGGAUCCGCCGCCAAGGGGACGGCGGAGCUGCCGGUGAGGCACCCCUACGCCACGGACAACGGGGUAGAUGCGCUGGACGUCGAGUUGGGAGAGCUGUCGCUGGAAGAGAUGGGGGGGGGGGAUGACACGACUGCGCUGCCGGGGUUGAACGAGAUCGCCUCCAACAGUCGCAGGUGA